AUGUCGCGAUUCCCAGCGGCAAUAAAGACCUUACACGCCAGGGUCGCCCACACCAACACGGAUGCAUCUGAAGAUGAAACCCAAGAGACCGACCCGCUGGGACUUACCACGCUCUACGAUCCAGCGCCUAGAAAUGCCAUAGUCGAUAUAGUAUUCAUCCAUGGACUUGGAGGAAGCAGCAGGAAGACAUGGUCGAAUUCGAGCCGCCCGAGGUCCUUUUGGCCGAAAGAUUGGCUGCCGGAUGAGCGAGGAUUUGAAGAUGUACGGGUCCAUUCUUUUGGCUAUCGAGCAGACUGGGGCAAGAAGUGGCAGCAACAAAGCAUCCUGAAUAUUCACGACUUUGCCGAGUCUCUAAUAGGGAGCCUGAGAAACCACCCAAACAUACGUCGGGAUGAUACGCGCAUCAUUCUCGUUGGUCACAGCAUGGGCGGGUGUGUUGCAAAAGAAGCCUACAUCAUCGCACGACAACACCCAUCAUAUAAAGACCUAGCAGGGCGAAUAUAUGGAAUCUUCUUCCUCGGUACCCCACAUCACGGCUCAGAUCUGGCAGGCAUCCUAGAGAGCAUGCUGAUUGUUGCUUGGGGCAAAAAGCCUUUUGUAACGGACUUAAAAUCUGGAUCAUCUACGCUCGCCCUGAUCAGAGAUAGGUUCCGCCAUGUUGCAGCGGACUUGGCAUUGUGGACCUUUUAUGAGACAUUGCCUACAGCCUUGGGGCCUAUAACUAGAAUGGUGGUGGACAAAGACUCGGCAAUUUUAGGCUUUGAUAAAGAAAGGAUCGAGGCGAUGAAUGCGGAUCAUCGCCAUGUCUGCAAAUUCACCAGUCAAGACGAUUCUAACUACAAGAUGGUACGAAAUGCCCUCCACACUGCUGUCGAUGAGAUUAAAGAUAGAUUCCUGGAGUCGACCCUAUCACAACUUGAUACAGCUGAUAGUACGGAGAUCGAAUUAGAUCUGCGCUUAAAGUCUCUUCUUGGAGUAUCCGAUACAUUGGAGGAUGAUCUUACAUUACAAUCCGAGCUUAAAAUGCCCGAUUCUUGCGAAUGGCUUACGAACAAGUCUUGUUUCAAUUCUUGGAAGGACGGCGAUGCCCCGAGUAUUCUCUGGCUGACUGGGAGGCCUGCAACCGGAAAAUCCAUCCUUUCCAGCCACGUUAUUGAUCACCUGAGGCCUCUACGUAUGGCAACUCAGGAUAAUCUGGUGAGAGAGAAGCUUAUACAGCUUGAACACGAGGGAGUCGCCUGGGAUAAGACAGACGACGCGACUAUCUGGACAAAGCUUUUCGUCGAUAGAAUCUUCAAGCUACCAUUUGAAAAGCAGCACUUCUGGGUGAUUGAUGGCCUUGAUGAAUGUGGCAACUUUAGUUCACUCUUCACCAAGAAGCUUUUGGCCAAAUUGCCUCGUAAGCGCGAACUUCGAAUUUUCGUUACCAGCCGCAAUCUAGAUGCUGUUGAGCGUGGGUUAGCAUCUCUCGGGCCUCAAGUGAUUACCUAUGCCUUGUCAGAUUCAGAUACUCUCGAGGACAUUCGGCUAUUCUUGGCCACAAAGCUCAGAGAAUUGGACCGCCUGGAGACAGAGGACGAUUUGGAGGCCAUGUGCAACAAAAUUCUCAAAAAGUCUUCCGGUUCUUUCCUCUGGGCUCGCCUAGUCUUGCAGGAAUUCGAAAACGCUUGGACUGAGGAGGCCAUGGAAGACGUCUUAAAGGAAGUGCCUGGAGAGCUCUGCGACUUGUACAGUAGAAUGGUACAGUCGAUCGAGAUGGACAAGAGCAAAGCAAGCCUUGCGAGGACUAUAUUGACAUGGGUAGUCCUAGCACGCCGCCCGCUGGGUCUCGAUGAACUACGGGCAAUUCCUAGUUUAUGUGGUCAGCUUGUCUACGUUGAUCCAACAGACAAGGCGCAUAUAAUACACGAAACAGCACGCGAGUUUCUCCUCGAUCAGAGCAUGUGCUCUGAACUUACUGUUUACAAGGAGCGCGGCCACACUCACAUUGCGGGUAUUCUCACGCGAUUUCUGUCGGGCGAUUGCCUUAAAGCACUGCAAAUGAGUUCCCAACGAUCCGUGAAGAUGAAAGGUUUCGCCAAAUCUGCGUCCACAAUGCCUAUUGACUCAUCUCUGCUUGGCUAUGCAUCGACAUUCUUUUCGGAGCACAUAUAUCGCUGUUCAUCAGGAGAUGAUGUCUUGAUGGAAGAAAUAUGCACUUUCCUGAACACCAAUGUCCUCUCCUGGAUCGAACAUGUUGCGAAAGGCGGUGAUAUAAGUCACAUUACACGAGGCGCCAUGAACCUUCGCGGUUAUUUAGGUCGUCGAGCGAAAUACGUUCCCCCGACGGAUUUAUCGGUUAGCAUUGUUGAAGGUUGGGUGACAGACCUCAUUCGCGUAGCUGCAAAGUUUCAAUCUCAGCUGCUCACGUCGCCCCGUUCAAUCCACCGCCUAAUACCCCCUCUAUGCCCGUCAGAGUCUAUGAUUUUCAGGACCUUUUCAAAAGAUCGGCGAUCGGCAACUUUCGCUGUUAAAGGCCUUCCUGCUGGAACAUGGGAUGACUGCUUGAGCCGCCUCGAUUUCCAGAAGGGCCAAGCAACAGCACUACAUCUGACCAUCACACACCCCGAAAGAGUCAAAUUUCUCCAGUUCAGCCAAGAUGACGAAUACGUUAUCUCUUGUGGCGCCAAGUCAAUGGUCCUAUGGGGGCCAACAACAGGUAUUCAAUUAUAUAAAUUCCCCUUACAAUCGCCCCCUCUUGGAGUCAUAUUCUUAGGUCUUGACGAAAUUCUUUGCGCAUUCCAAUCUGGUAGUCUCACAAGAUGGAGCCUCGAGGGAUUUCGGAGCGGAUCAAUACCGGAGAACCUUGAGGAUGACUACUCACACACACAAUAUAUUGUGCCGCAACAGUCUCCAACUUGCGUGGCCUUUUUAGUAACGAGCGAUGCUAUCUUACUUGCUGUCGGCUACCGCAAACACCCGGUACUAAUAUGGAACACGCUGGAGCAACAAGUAUUGGGUCAAUGUAUCGUUGAUGCAAACAAUGGCAUCGAUGAUAUGGUAUUCAAUCCUAACCCAGACAUCAUUGCACUGAUAGUAUCAUGUAAUGAUGGUAGAUUAUGCAUUUUCGACUACUUGACGAUGAAGUUGACGUUCACCAUGCCAAAUGUGUAUGCGCAAAGCGUCGCCUGCUCACCCGAUGGUCAUAGUCUGGUCACGGGUGGCAGUCAUGGAAUGAUCGAAGUUUUCGACUUCGACCAUGAUUAUGAUGGCAACACUAUCCUGAUGCCUAUCUACCGCAUCGACGGGCUAUAUGACUCGGUCCGUGGCGUGGCCUUCAGCUUCAACGGACUGCGCUUCCUUGAUGUUCACUCCCAACAGUGCCGUGUGUGGGAGCCAACAGCCCUAGUCAGGAAGAACAAUGAAUUAGAGAGUACCAGUGAUGCAGCAACUCUCCCUGUAACAACAGUUGGCAUGCUUAAUGGCCCCGAAGAACCAGAAAUCACAAGUCUCCUAGAGGUAUCGAGGGACGGCGAGUGUGUCAUUGCAGGCAAGCGGCGAGGAGAUGUUUGUCUCUUCUCUACUACCGACGGAGCAGAGGCUUGCACGUUUUACCAGCACGCGCGGGGAGUAUCUGUCAUAGCGGUUGCUCUUGGAGAAGAGAAGAAUAUUGUUGUUUCAGCUGAUGACUCCGGUCGUGUCUUAGUCGGCGAGCUACUGAUGCCUUUGAGGGAUAUUGCAACAGGGUUUCAAGGACAAAAACAGCCAGCAGCGCGUAUUAUUCUUGACCGUCGAUUUGGCGGUGCAGUAGUGCGAUUACUCAUCAAUGAUGCAGCCGACCGGCUUCUUAUAACUGGCCACAACUUUGAUGAACUUUGGGAGUUGCCGUCUGGAUUAGUUCACAAACCGAUACGGCAACCAUCUACGGAGGACUACACCGCAAAUUCUUGCGCUUUGGAUUGUAAUAAAGCAGCCAGCUCUUCCGCUCGCACGGCUUUCCGGCAUCCUGCAAAUCCAGAGUGGUUCGUAAUUAUCACUGGUGAUGUGGCGCGAGUCUUUCGCUGGGCCGACUAUAAUGAAUUGACUUCUGCGGAGGGCAUUCGCCUUCAAAGGCCUACACCAUCCUUGGAGCCCAGUUCACAGAGGGAGUCUCCACGAUCACCGAAAGUUCAACGAUUCGAACCUUUACGACAUAACUCCGAUUGCACCUUUACAACGGCAUCAUAUCAUGUCGCGUCUGAAUACGUCGUCGAGCUUCUUAGAGCCUCAGCAUCUGCACCGCCGCAAAUCCAUCUGUGGUCAGCCGCUACGUUUGAUCCAGACUUACCGGGAACAUCGGCCUUCCCGAUCACAGCACCUAGUCUCGGUGCCGUACGUUCAUCCGUGCGAUCAGUGAUCGGACUCGUAGGUCCAUCUACGCUGGUUUUUUUAGACAAUGAUCUAUGGAUAUGCAGUGCCGAAUUGCAGCCCAAAGUCACUAGUGGGAUGGGAAAUAUCGGUAUCAUUCGGCCAUCGUCACCCAACACAACCGCCCGUCGUCAUUUCUUUGCGUUGAGUGAAUGGUGCGAUACAGAGGGCGAACUGAAGUGUGCGCUGGCUGCUGUCUCGGGGACGACUCCACGCACCUACAGUCGGGAAGUUAUAUUCGCGAGCGAUCAUCGUGUUGUUAUAAUAAAGGGCGGUUUCGAAUUCUGGGAGAGACUUACUCUUUGA